GUCCAGCCUCCCCGGCAGCACAGCGACCAAUGGGCGCUUGAGCGGGGCCGCCCGGAGCUCCCCAACCCAAGGCCCGGGGCGCGCCCCUGUGCUCGGGCACGGGGCGGGCACAGUCGGAGGGGCCGGCCGUCCCCUCCCCCGCGCUGGCUCCAGCCCGCCGCCGCGGCGCUCCGAGCCCCCGUUCCCGCGCCGCCGCUCUCGCCGCCCUCUCGGGGCCUCCCUCUCCUCGGGACGAUGGCGCGCGGUGGCCGCCUGGGACUCGCCUUGGGGCUGCUGCUGGCGCUGACGCUGGCGCCGCGGGCGCUGCGGGCCAAGCCCACCGUGCGCAAGGAGCGCGUGGUGCGGCCGGACUCGGAGCUGGGCGAGCGGCCGCCCGAAGACAACCAGAGCUUCCAGUACGACCACGAGGCCUUCCUGGGCAAGGAGGACUCCAAGACCUUCGAUCAGCUCACCCCAGAGGAGAGCAAGGAGAGGCUGGGGAAGAUCGUUGAUCGAAUUGACAAUGAUGGGGAUGGCUUUGUCACCACUGAGGAACUAAAAACUUGGAUCAAACGGGUGCAGAAAAGAUACAUCUAUGAUAAUGUCGCUAAAGUCUGGAAGGAUUAUGACAGGGACAAAGAUGAUAAAAUUUCCUGGGAAGAAUACAAACAGGCCACCUAUGGUUACUACCUAGGAAAUCCCGCCGAGUUUCACGAUUCUUCAGAUCAUCACACCUUUAAAAAGAUGCUGCCACGUGAUGAGAGAAGGUUCAAGGCUGCGGACCUCGAUGGUGACCUGGCAGCCACUCGGGAGGAGUUCACUGCCUUUCUGCACCCUGAGGAAUUUGAGCAUAUGAAGGAAAUUGUUGUUUUGGAAACUCUGGAGGACAUUGACAAGAACGGGGAUGGGCUUGUGGAUCAGGAUGAGUAUAUUGCGGAUAUGUUUUCCCACGAGGACGGUGGUCCUGAGCCAGACUGGGUCGUGUCAGAACGGGAGCAAUUUAAUGAAUUCCGGGAUCUGAACAAGGAUGGGAAGUUAGACAAAGAUGAGAUUCGCCACUGGAUCCUCCCUCAAGAUUAUGACCACGCACAGGCUGAGGCCAGGCAUCUGGUGUACGAGUCAGAUAAAAACAAGGAUGAGAAGCUAACUAAGGAGGAGAUAUUGGAGAACUGGAACAUGUUUGUUGGAAGCCAAGCUACCAAUUAUGGGGAGGAUCUCACAAAAAAUCACGAUGAACUUUGAUAGACACUCCCCAUAACACGGCAGACUGUCAUAGGAUUUCUUUUAUUGCCUUGGGUGGUUACUGCAGUUGUCUAAUUUACAGCAGUUGUAUUUCCCCAAAAAGCAAGUUUAUGCCUCAGACUGGGGUAUAAAAAUUGUUUUUCACUCAGUAUUUACUGCAAAAUGGUCAUCACAAUUUUUUCAGUAAGAUUUCUUUCAAAACACAUUAAAAUCUUGGUAGAUGGAGUUCUCUAUGGGAAUAUAUUGCUAUAACAUGACUUUUUAAGGUUUUCUUUUUCUCAUUAAACUCAAGGAGAAUAAAACUUGAAAAAGCUCUGUUGCUUCAGAAGUUGGGUGGGUUGGGGGCGCAGUAUAUGAGUAACUGCCAUGUAUUUUAAAUGCCAGAUUUUUUAUAUUUGUCACUGCUAAAUAGUUGGCAAGAGAAAGUUCUGAUUAAGCCGAAGUGGGAUGAUCCUAGCAAGGGUUAUUUCCGAGCAAGUCUGAUAUUUCAGAUUCUUCCUUGUUGACUUUACACUUUGAACUGUUACCGUACAUUUUUUCUGUAUGGACCUGCUAAUGUGCACAAUAAAUCCACAUCUUUGUUUUUUUCUGUUUUUAAAAGAAGCAGCAAUCAAGAAAGAUAAUGUGAAAAAGAAAGGAAUUUAGAGGUUGGGAAAAGUUGAAUGUCAGACACUUGAACAACUUUAGGAAAAUGAUGAAUACUUCAAAUACAUGAGAGGAAAUUUUCCUGACAUGCAAAUGAGGUAGUUCUGAUCUUUGAAAUAGUGAAUAGAAAUACCAUCUGUUUCCUCGAUGAUCACCAGUUAGAAUGAAGUGGUGGGAUCCCAGGGAAGCCAAAUGUAGUGGAAUAUUCUGGAACAUGUCCCAUCUAGUCCAGAGACAAGGCGAUCUUCUGAGCCAUUGACUUAAUUGGCAAAAACAACUUUUACAGAUUGAAAUUUCACCUUGUAAGUAGGAAGUGAAUGAAAUAAAGAAUCCUGAGGAUUU